UCAAACUUGUUGCUCUAUAUAAAGCUCAUCCAUUCCGAAAAUCAAUACAGUUGAAACAAUCUUCAGGAUCAGUGAGCAUUCACCAUUUAAUGUACUCUGGUGAUCCUGAAUCCAAACUGAAAGCUUGAUCCAAACCAAACUUCUCAUCUUUCCACAAUGAAGCCUUAUCUGGCCUUGGUUUUGUUGGCCUGUGUGGCUGCUGUUUUAGCCGAGCCCGGUUAUCACGGCGGAGGAGGGGGAGGACGAGGAGGACGUGGGGUUCGACCUCUGAAGGCCAUAAAGGUCGCCAAGUUGGCCUUUCUGAAAGGGCUUCUUGUUGGCGGUGGAGGGCGUAGAGGACGUUUCAACCGAGGUCGUCGCAAUAAACACCAAGGAAACCGUAGACGAGGCUACAAGCAAACUUAUCACAAGGGCCACGGAGGAUCUUCGGGAGGUGGAUUUGGCGGUGGGCAUGGAGGCUUUGGAGGUGGCAGUGGACAUGGUGGCUUUGGAGGUGGCAGUGGACAUGGUGGUUUUGGCGGUGGCAGUGGACAUGGUGGUUUUGGCGGUGGCAGUGGACAUGGUGGAUUUGGCGGUGGCAGUGGACACGGUGGAUUUGGAGGCGGUGGAGGAUACGGAAAUUCUAGACACUCCUCCGGUGGAUUUGGAGGAUCUUCUGGAGGCUAUCACAAGCGUUCCGUAGCACCCAGUGCAGAGUGACGUGGACACCAUGGUUGGUGAAGUUCAAACCCAUUCCACUCUUCAACUGAAAAUCAAAACUCGUGUGAAUGGUUCAAUUACUUUCGAGCCAUGAAUGCUUUCAUGUUUUGGCGUUCUUUGUUUCAUUCUGACAUUAAUACUGCGUAUUGCAUUGGCUACAUUGGAACAGGACCGACUGAACACUUCUCAAAUAAAGUGCUUUGAAUUGGA